AUUCAUUAUUCCACGCGCGAAUGAUCGAAGGCAUUCCGAGCGAAUGGUUUUGAGGUAUUUUCGUCUUCGGGGAUCGAUUUUACAUCUCUGCCGCCGUGUUUCAACCGGUGAAGUGGUAAUGGAAGCUGGAAAAAGAGCUGCAGCGAGAUAUGCUGUGGACACAUAUGUAAAGGUAAAGAGAGCUCAAAGUUUGAGGCAAAUUUGCAUGUCAUGUGAUAAACAAGUAGUUAAGAGGCUACACACAACCAUCUUUUUAGCUCUCAGUUAUCGAGUGUAUAUUUUUAGAGACGACACAUGGGUUUAUCCCAAAUACACUCCCCUGAAGGAUGUUUUCGCCUUCUGUAAAAUACUAUUGUUAAAGCAUUGUAGUCGUGCAGAUGGGGAGGUUCAAAAGAGGUGCACUAGUAAUGAAGCCCACGUAAACUUUGUUUAUCAUUCAUGUUAUUCGCUGGAAGGAAAGAGUUUCAUGGCUUUAAGUGCUUCGUAAGUGAGAAAAACCGUAAAAGCGCUAGAAUCUAAAGCAGUCUUCCCACACCUCGUCAAAUGAGAACACUUCCAAGUUAACCACAAGUUAGUCAAGAGUAUCACUUUACAAGGUGUGGAUCAUCUGAUUUCUCGAUUUAGUGCUAUAUUACAUAGGGAACGUGGGGCGGGGGGGGGGGGUGGGAGAAGGGUGGGGUUGUGGAGAUAGGGCAUGAGAGUCACUUGUUAGUGACGUGGCUCUCUCCACUGUGGUAGCCUUGACUUCCAUUUUCAGCCUUUUGGCCACUCAAAUUGCUGCAUUUGUGAAAAAUAUUCUACUGAGUCAAGAUUGAACACUGUCGCCCUUAUGCUGUCAUUUAUAACAUGUUGAGGUAAUAAUAAUUAGGGUAUGACAUAAGUCUACAAUCUAAAUGAAAUAACUUUGUUUUCAAUUAGGUUUUAUUUGUGGAAAAUGAAAUAUUUUAUAGGAUAAUCAAGCACUAGGAAUAGGCUCUGGAUCAACAAUAGUAUAUGCAGUUGAACGUAUUGGUAAGUUAGAAAAUCAUCUGCAAUGAUGAUUAUAUGAUUUUUGGGUGAAUUUUUAGGUUUUUUUGUGUGUCCAAUUGAUUACACUGUUACAUGAGAGUAAAAUGUUUUGAAUUGAUGAUUCUGCUUGUAUUUGACCUACAUGUGGAAGUGCUUUUAAUAAAAAAUGCAAGAGAAUUCUAAUUGUAAAAUGUGACCUAGAUAAGAUAAGUUACACAAAAAUGUUGCACUACUGCAUUACUGCAUCUUAAGAAACCACCAGCUGUGAGUAAAUAAGCCACUUUGCAGAGGUGUGUAGUAUUAGGCCUUUGCUUGUAGUUCCAGUCAAAUACUGUAUAAGGUAAUUUGGAAAGAGAAUAUUUAAUCUGUUACAAAAUAGUUAAUUCUUUUUCUCCCUUGAGUGUCUAAGGCAAAAUUUCUCCUUCCAUCAUUGAUGCAUUAUCAAGCAGACAAGACUGAUGAGAACAAAGUAUUAUAUCAACAAGGGUAUUAUUAAUUGAUCCAAUAACAAAUUCUCUGCACUAACAUCAUAACAAUUGUAUAGCAGACAGUAAGGACUGAAUUAUGUGUACAAAUGAGAUCUUUGCAGUGAAAGAGUUAACCUAUUACCAUUGAGAUCGCAAUAUUUUGGGAGAGCUACCAAUUUGAUUCCUAAAAGUCUACUGUUUUCAUAAUUUUUUUUUUAUUUUUAGCUGAAAGAGUGAAAGAUGAAAAGCUGCAUUUACUUUGUGUUCCAUCAUCAUUCCAAGUAGGUGAAUGCUUAAUUUAAUUCAUAAGUAGCCAAUUAUUGUACAAAAUUGUGUUUUCUUCUUUGUGGAGUAUGAAAUAUUUUAUACCUAUUGUAGAAUUAUUUUGUGGUGGCCUCAAUGGAUCCUUAGAAUGACUACCAUCUAAUUUCUUCUCACCACAUCUCUCCUGAAUCAAACAUUACAGUACAAGAAUAAAGGAAAUGGUCACCAAAUAAAGAAACUCUUGAUUUUUAAACAAAUUCCCUCAGUCAACACCUUUGGAAAUGUAUUAUGAACAGUAUGGAGAAUAUACAUGUUGAUGUUAGGGUGUAAAGGGUGAUACAGUAUUUUGAUCAGAGAUGGAGACUCCCGGCCAUCUGAUUGGCUGUUCUAGAGGACCUUUCUGAUGUCUUAUGGAAUUAUUAUUUUGUUAUGAUUCUUUUAUGAGUGGGUUGUUAGUUCCAUAAAAUAUCUCUUACCAUCUUGUCCUCAAUUACUCCUGGUCAACAAUGCUUAAAGAACCUCUGAAUAUAUUGUAGAUGAUCUGUGUCAUAUAUCCAACUUAAAUCAUGUAACCAUAACAUUUUGAGGUAGAUUAAUAAGGAUUGUGACUGAUUUUAAGUUUAUGUUUUUAAAUUGUGUCCAUGUAAUGACUUUAAAUUGAUUUAUUUUAAAUUUGAUGGCUGUAGGCCCAGCAGCUGAUAACACAACACAACCUGAUGCUUAGUGAUCUUGACAGAACGCCUGAGGUAACUGAGGAAAGAAUUUGUUUAGAAAUGUUCUGAAGUAACGUAUAUUAUUCUGUACCUUACUAAAAGCUCUUUAAGCUUAUGGUUUGUCACAUUUUACAUGUGUUUACCAACAAAUAAAAUAAUUCUUAACCAUUAAAUAUCAGAAAAAAAAUAAUAAGAGAGUGUAAAUAACAGUGAAAGAUGAUGUUGUUCAGUGAGUGACACAUGCAUACUCAGAAAAAAAGAAAAAGUUCUAUUGCUCCCAAUGAUGUUGGGAUUGGAACUUCAGACUCUCCAUCACUGAGCUACAGGAGACUUGUUGCAACAAUGCCAGUUAGCUAGGUCCAAGGGGAUAAACUUCCUGCUUACUACUAGGAUAGGAAUGGGGAUAUGGGAUGCCUUUUUGUAACAGUGAUUUACAUGAAGAAUUGGUAAAUCUGGAGCCUGGUUAGUUAAGUGAAAGAUGGUGUUAUUUAGUAAAUGACACAGGUUUCUCCUAUCCUGUAUCCUCCUUUCCUCCACUCCCUACCCUCAUUGUUCUAAUCCCUUAUCCUUCUCAACCCACCCCCAUCCACCCUCCCCCACUUUUGUGUCCUCUGUCCUCCAUCCCCCCACUCUCAUCAUCCCACUCCCUUAACCUCCUUCACCCACCCCCAUACCCUUCUCCCCCCCUCUUGCACUUCCUUUCCCCAAUCCCCCUCCACCCUCAUCAUUCCAUUCCCAUAUCCUUCUCUACCCACCCUCACUUCUGCUCCCCCUUUACCCACCCCUCUACCCUUGUCAACCCCACUCCCCUAUUCCCUCCUAGCCCACUCUUCAACCCUCUUACCCCUCAUUCGCAUACUUUCCUCCUCCAUUCCACCAUACUCCUCUCCUCACUGCUUCCUAUCUUUUCCCAAGACUUAAACAUACUUGGCAAUGUCUUCUUUACAUGCAAUCAAAAGAUCAAGAAUCAUAUAUGCAAUUCUGAAAGAGGUCUGUGAUAAACAGGAAUAAUAGUAACACUGUGGCUUUCUGUGAUGAUAGUUAGACGUUGCUAUUGAUGGAGCUGAUGAUGUGGAUAGCAACUUAAGUGCCAUUAAAGGAGGAGGGUAUGUUAAAAGCUGUUAGUAGCUAUACUUGAGAUUUCAAGUAGAUCUAAUAAAUUCUUUCAACAUUCAAAACAAUUUGUGUAGAGUCUUGAAUUAAUAAACACUGCAAUGCAUUAUGUAGAUGAUAAAAAUAAGCAGUGCAUUUGUACUUUUUCUUGGGAAUUUUUCAUUUAGGGAAAAACAAUUUAUAGGGGUUUUACCCAUUUGAGAAAUGUAUGCUUUUGUUGUAUUUCAUUUAUAUUCUAAUGACUCUGUCAUGUAAAACAGAAAUCAGGAUGUUAACACCAGACACUUAGGAAACUGAAUUUACACAAUUUGUUUCUUACAUUUUCUCUUUAAGGAAAAGUUAUUGCAGAUCUACAGAUCUUUGGCUUGGAGGUAUCAAAAGCUGUAGCAUUGAUUUGAUUCUGUUUUUGUUUUUUUUUAGAGGCUGUUUAACCCAAGAGAAGAUAGUAGCAUCUUGUGCUAAACAAUUUGUUAUCAUUGCGGAUGACAGGUCAGAAACAAAGUUCCAUGGCUUUCUCACAAGCAUUCCUGCUUUAUUUCUUACAGUACACUUUCAAAAACUGGCUUUGCACUUUACCUUUCAAUGUAACUAUUUUUCUUCACUCCCCACUUCUUAUGAUUUCAAAUUAUUGGUAAUUUCAGUAGAUUCUUGCUUUUUCUUUUGAUUAAUUUGAAAUCUGAAGCAGGAAUGUUUUAAGAAUUAAUUUACAAGGAUUGCAAAACCCUUGUCAAAUAUUCUUGAAAUACCCUGCCCUACUCUCAAUCUUGAAUCAUCUGCAGGUGCUUCAAUUUUCUCCAAACCCCUUAACUCCCAAGAUCUCCCUAGUAAUUCUCCUUACUGUCUGUAAUACAGUUCUUGUGAUGUUAGUUUGGAGAAUUUGGUAUUGGAUCAACUUAUAAUCCCCUAGUUCUUAUCACUUGUCUGAUUGAUGUUGUAUUGAUAUUGUAAGGAGAAACUCUGUCUUGGUCACUCAUGGGAGUUAAAGGCUGGGUUAACUAAUAAAAGUAAUGUUUAAAAGGAGGAAUGGAAGGGACUUCUAGAGCUGGAGGUGUUUUUGAAGAAUGAUGACUUAGAUCAUACAUUUUAGAUAGACUAGGAUUAAGGCAUGGUUGAGAAAAAGAUCUUGUUUAAUGAGUUCUAAGAUGUUGGUGAUGUUUUUUUCUUUUCCUCUCAGAAAAGAUUCUAAGCAGCUUGGUGAAGCAGUAAGUACAUUUUUUUUUAUCAAUAUGUUUUUAAUUAAGGGUUAGCUCAAUUUUUUAAUUUAGUAUAUACAUGGAAUCAAAAAUUGUUCAAAGAAUGAAUUAAUAAACAGGUGCCAUAUUGGCAAUGAAAGUGAUUGUAGACAGUCUGAUAAAUAAAUGUGCAGUAUUGUAUUCAAAGGACAUUAAGAAUGGAGUGUCAAUGUCUUGUAACAUUUCAGUUCAAGAAGGGAAUUCCAGUUGAAGUGAUUCCUAUGGCACAUGUACCUGUGAUGAAAAAAAUAGAGAAACUUGGGCUUAAACCAAUCCUUAGAAUGGCACGAGCUAAAGCAGUAAGUACAUACAGACAAAUAUAUGAUUUCUUUGUAUCAAUGUUGUUAAAUUACCCUCAGAAUGGGAGUUCAUUGAUACUGUGCCUGCUUAUUUCUAUUUGGCAGCAGUCCUUUGAGGUGACAUACCCACCCCCCUCACCCCCACCUAGAAGAGAGGGGGUGGGAGCAUUGAGGGGGUGGGAGCAUUGUGUGCCAUUCCAAAGAAAAGUUACAAAGUGCCACAGUGUUUGGGGUUACAAUUUAAGAUCAUACCUGUUGAUGUAUUGUUCUGCAGCCACAUCAAUAGUCUUUUGAGAUGUUCUGCAGCACUUCCUUACCCACCCCCUCUUGAAUGAAAAAAAGGGAGGCGGGAGUCUUGUGUUACAUCCAGUAAAACAGCUGCUGAGUCCCUUUGUCUAAGGUGACCUUUUCAAAGCAGAUCUGCAGAUGUCUUGUUUAACGGCUACAAAGUAUUUCGGGUCGUUCGCAGAGCCCCUAGUAAAAUCGAUACGUACUAACUAUUGCAGCAAGCUAGCUAAGUUAUUUGAAAGAUAUGCUUUGUAUUUGCACACUAAGGCAUAGGGUGUCCACUUACUUUUCUGAUCAAUUUUGGCCGCUGUUUUAUCUCCCCAGGGUCCUGUGGUGACUGAUAAUAGCAAUUUCAUCAUUGAUUGCCAGUUUGACAAGGUAAACACUUAUUAACUCGGUAAACUAUAUUUUUGUUUGCUAGAAUGAUUGUGUCAGUCAUUUAUUGUGUCAAACCAUAGGCACAAAUGUAAUACUAUAAGUGCUAAGAAACGAAUUAUGGAGGUUGGCAGUGUUACUGCCUGGUGAUCAAAUUGGUGCCAAACAGAUGUUGAUAUCUGCUAGCCUGCCUAUAAGAGUUUGUCCAUCUUGUUAUUAUCCGUUUUUGUAUUCGCGGAACUGCAUUCUCCAACAACCAGUUUGGAAAGUCUUUCUUCAAUGAAAAAAAGCAAUUCUUCAUUAGCUUGCCAGCUGGCCCUCAUUACGAGUGCUUCGUGCUCGAGCGUUUCUCCGCCCUCGUCGUGCAACGCGAACUGGAGAGAAGCCUGCAAGGGGUCUGACACCUCAUUAGAGCCCUGACCCCCGGCAAACCUCUCCCCGACUAGCACGCGGAGAAACGCGCUCUGCAGCGUUAAUAAUGAGGUCGUAGUCGUAGGCUAAGUUUUCAUAUUCCCUCCCCUCCUAUCACGGUCUUUGAUUGACAGAUCGAUAGCAAGUAAAUAUGUCAUUGACAGAAGGUUGAGACGUGAGCUAUCGGUAUCGUUUGAUUUACAUGGAAUUUUUUUGGAAGAGUUUUUCCUGUGUUGCUUUAAGGUUUAUGACUGGAAAGAACUAAACACGCAAUUGAAUUUAAUACCAGGUUAGUAUACGUUUUUUGUACCUCGAAACUUUGGUUGAGCAAAGGAAAGUAUGUAUAACUUGACGAAAAUAUCCGAAGCAGACUAAAGUGUCUAUAAAUCUUUGCCGCUCUUUUGCUGUUUUCAUGUGGGUAUACUUUUGAUUUCAGUGUGCUAAGAUUACUUUCCUACUAAAAUUUACAAAUCUCCACCUUGACAGUGGGGUUUGGGGUGAUUUGGGUGUGCCGACCAACACAUGCAUAACGCUUUUUGAUGUCGCGCAAGGGUGCUAGGGGUAGUACCUUCGAGUUCCGUCAAAGGCAGUGAAAAGGAGGCCACGCACGAUGGCGUGUGGGUCUGUUUCCUGUUUUUCUAAUUUUUCCAACUUUUCAUAUUCUAGGGGUGGUAGAGACGGGGCUGUUUGUUGGUAUGGCGGAAUGUGCCAUAUUUGGAAAACCGGAUGGCACGAUCACUAAAAGAUAGCUUAACAUUUUCUGAUUCAAACACACUUGCUGGACAACGCCACGCAAGUGCAUAUGGACAAACGUUUUUUUCGUCGAUGUAAGGCACUUUUGUUUUUUAUAAGGCAAAGUCUGUGAAUUUUUCAUAAUACUGCUACUUGUAGAGCAAUUUACUGUGCCGAAUAAUACUUUUUAGCUUGCAAUGCCGCUAGGUUUUUGGACGCUCGAUGAAAACAGAGGCAGCAGGUCCUAGGAAGCCAACUUCGGAACUUUGAUAGGAACCUCCUGGAGGUUCCGCCGCAUGGUUUUUGCGGUUCUGCCACCUGGCGCAUCAAAGGGCAAACAAAAGUUGCAGUUCGGCAUGCUAUGAACUUUUACUGAGGGGAGGUGGUGAAAAAGCAUGCGCUAUUUAAGUUGAGAGUCACUCAUUUUUGAAUGCAUUUUUGAUGUCAACCCCUCCAGCCGGAAAAGGCCCAGGUAAAGGCAAUGUAGAGGCGGUUAUUUAGCGGUGAAUGUUAUAUUUAAAGGGAAGCCUCGACGUGAUUACACACUCAAUGGUAGCCAUUAAAACGACAAACAAACAAGUGAAAACAGAUAAAAAGAUACUAAAAGUGCUUCAUAUAGUCAAUGUAUUGGACUCCGAAUCAGAAUGCAGAAUGUCUAAGGCUCACUUUGGGAAUUACUCCGUCAUUUUUCUCUAGCUGCGUUCAUAGAAAGUGAAUAAACUUCUUUUUUCUUUCGACGAACAAGCUCGAUGUUUAGCAUCUUUCUUCACCCAGGUAAAAUUAUAGCCUUGCUUGCUGUGUGCUUGUCCUUUGUGUUUUAAAAUGGUGAUUGAAAUGAGUGGAGCGCAAUCUGGUCCGAAAUAAUCACAUGCGUGAUUUGAAAUCGUAACAUGAUUUCAGAUUAAACUGCAUUACUCGAAGUUCGAUUGCUAUACUAUUCAAUCCAUUUGUGUAGUACAAAGGGUAAAUAUCUCUCGUUGUUUAACCAAAAGUAAAGUUGAAUCAGACGAAACAGGAAACACGUAUUAUUUCGAGGAAAACAGUUGUCAACCAAGCGAUGGCUUUUAAUUUCGCAUGAACCUAACCCGCCUGCCCCGCGGGGGUAGAAAACGAAGAAAAUGAAUUAUUAUUGUUGAAACUACGAAAAACCCGAGAAAAGAUGCUACGCGUUUAAAAUUUAAUUGCCUGCAUACAUGAUUUUAGUCGGUACAAAUAUCUCGUCGUCA